UUAAUUAUUAUUUUCCACCAUGAAUCCUUCCAUCGUCGUUAUCGUCCGCCGCUAACUUCCUCCAUCGUCCUUAUCGUCUCCGCAAGUAGAUUAAUGAUUCAAACUUGAGCUCCUAAUCAACUCAUUAAUAAGUUUACAGCAAGCCAAAUACGUACGAACGAAUGUUUCAGAAGCGGCUCGCUCAGUUCGUGCCAACCAGGACCACCGCCAAAACCAUUACCAAUCGGCAAGCUCAACGUCUGCUGGUUGGUCACUGUAGCGCUGAGAAGCGUCGUAACUUCCUCAACCAGCUGUUCAUGAUCGUCGGAGCCUUGGUCCCCCGCCACCGCCCUCUGGAGUGCCGACGAUACGGACUUGAGGAAGUCGAUGUUGGUGUCGGCCAACUCGAGGCAGUCCUCCCGGGCCCCGAUCUGGUCCUUGGCACGACGGGUGGUGAGGAAGUUGCGGAGGAGCUUGGAGAGGCUGGCGACUUGCUUGGUGCAUUACUUGACCGGGAAUUUGCAGAGGGAGGAGGGGAGGGGAGGAAUGUUAAAUAGUGGUAUAGGAUCCAACAUAACCUUCUUCCAACAACUCGAGUUAUUGGAAUCAAUUGGUUUAUAACAUGGUAUUGGAGCUGGUUUGACCAAGUGGUCGUAUGUUCGAAUCUCCACGACCUCAAAUAUUAUCAGUUGAUUAAAGCACAAUGAAUGGUGGCAUGUGCAAACUUCAAAUCUAUGAGUUGACUUUCGUUUGAGAAGGCGUGUUAAAUAGUGGUAUAGGAUCCAACAUAACAUUCUUCCAACAACUUGAGUUAUUGAGACCAACUGGUUUAUGACAAGGAAGAGGAUCCGAAUUUCGAAUGCCAGGGCAAGGAUGGAGUGGCAGGGCUUUGGGUAGGGUGUGGAUUUGCAUGCAGCGGUGUGGAUGGGCUGUGGCGGCGGUGGGGGUUGAGAGGAGACAGAGGAGAUGAGGAGGAGGGAGAAGAAGGAUACGAGUACUGGCGGUGGAAAAUAAUAAUUAAAGGAAUUAGGA